AUGGCGACGAAGCGACUGAGUUGCGCUCUAGUGCUCGGCCUUGCGUGGGUCUUGACGGCGCCGAUCGGCCAAGGCUUCUUUGUCUACCUCAACUUUCCGUCGUACCUCUGGCUGGACUUUGCGUCCGCGGCCGACGAGCUCGGCAACACGGCCAACGUGUACAUCAACAGCACGAACGGCGUCCACAUUGGCCUCUGGCAUACGCAGCUCCAUGGCGCAGCGAACCGGUCCAAGGUUGUCUUGUACUUGCAUGGGAACGGCGAGCAUCGCGCGUCGGCCGUCGGGCUCGAGAAGCACCACCUGUACCGGACCAUGCCGUCCGUCAGCGACAUUGUGCUCGUCGACUACCGAGGCUUCGGCGACUCGUCGCGGGUGUGGCCCACGGAACAAGGCGUCAAGGACGAUGCGAUGGCUGCAUGGACGUGGCUCACGCAGGUGCUGGGUCGGUCCCAUAGCGAUAUUGUCGUCCACGGGUACUCGCUCGGGAGUGCAAUUGCGACGCACUUGGUGCACACGCUAUGUGCGCGGCAGCAGUGCCCCGCGGGGCUCAUCUUGGAGGCGCCGUUCACAACGAUCUCGGGCAUCGUGCGCGACUGGGUGCCCGCGGUCGCCGAUGACACCGUCUCGUCGCUCCUCGCCCACCAGUUUCGCACCAAGGACCUUCUCCGCGCCGUGAACGCGACGCCGAUCUUGCUCGUGCACGGCAAGAAGGACCGCAUUGUUGCCUUUCACCACGGCCAGACGCUGUAUGAGCGCCACGGCCACAACAAUCUGCGCUUCUGCCCCGUUGCGGACGCAGGACACAUGGAUACGUUCGCGUUCGAGGAAGGACAGCGCUGUUUGCAUGCCUACUGGCACGCUGCUAUAUCAUCAACCUAA